AUGUCGAUUCCGGAGGAUGUUUUACAAAACCUCACGGCUGUUUUCGCCAAUGCGCUAAAAACAGCAGUUCAAGAAGUUCAAGGUGGUGCCAAUGCAGCACCGGAAGGAGCCCCAAAAGCAGCAGCGUUCACAAUUGGCGAAUACAGGACAGCGGACUGUUCAUCGGUGGAAGACUAUUUUAAACGAUUUGACUGGGCUCUCAAUCUCAGUAGAAUCCGGGAAGUGGAUUAUGCGGCGUAUGCUCGCGUUCAUAUCGGCAGUGAAUUGAAUAAUGCGCUCAAAUUCCUAGUGAGCCCAAGACAGCCGGAAGAUUUGACAUACGCCGAAAUGAAAAGAAUAUUGGUAAAACACUUUGACCGGGCAAAAAAUAAGUAUGCAGAGAGCAUUAAAUUUCGGCAAGUACGUCAGGAGCCAGAAGAGAAUGUUGCAAGUUUUGCAUUAAGGUUACGGCGGGCAGCUGUUCAUUGUGAGUACGGUGAAUUUUUGGAUCGUAUGUUAAUCGAGCAGUUUCUUUUUGGUCUGGAAUCGCGCGGUAUGUGUGACGAAAUUAUUCGGAAACAGCCGGAAACAUUCGACGCAGCAUACGAAAUUGCACACACGAUGGAAGCAACCCACAAAACAUCAGUGGAGGUGACAGCCAGCCCAGCCGGUAUAACAGAAGCAUCGAACAAGUUAGGUUAUGUGUCAACAGGCAUAAAAAAAGAAAGCUUUAGCUUGAACUCGAAUAAACCCGAUCGUACUUCAACAUGCCACGGCUGCGGAGGCCGUCACGAACGAAAAUACUGUAAGUUUCGUAAUGCAGUAUGCUUUGCUUGCAAAAGAAAGGGGCAUCUGUCGAAAGUAUGUAAAUCGAAAACGGCCCAGAUCCAAGAAGAAAUGCUCCCUUUGUCGGAUGAAGGUUCGGAUUCCACGGACACUUUUCAAAAAGUGAAUAUUGUUUCGCCAGUUGCGUCGCUAGACAGGAAGAUGCUGUAUGUCCUGAUCGACGGUAAAGUUGUGAAAAUGGAGCUCGACACAGGAGCACCGUGUGCCAUCAUAAGUCUGCGCACACUUCAACAGAUUAAAAAAAGUUUUCGCCUGCAAAAGUCAGAAAGGCAGUUCGCAAGUUACACUCGUCAUAGAAUCCACUGCAUAGGCCGCUUGCCAGUUAACGUUACACUAGGCAAGACUUCUCGGCGUCUAAACUUGUAUAUCGUUGAUGGUGAUUUCGAUUCACUUUUCGGCAGAGAAUGGAUUGCGCAGUUUGCACUCGAUAUUGACUUUGUACGAUUGUUUAAGGGCGAUGAGCAAGUCAACACACUUACUAUAGCGGAACCGGAGAUCACAAAGGUACAGCAGCUACGACUAUCACACCUCAUUUCACGUUUCGACGAUGUAUUUGGAGAAUCUGCGGGGAAACUUGCGGGACCUCCGGCUACGUUACAUCUGAAACCAGGAGCAACGCCAGUCUUCGCAAAGGCACGAGAAAUUCCUUUCGCACUUCGAGAUUUAUAUGCCAAGGAAAUCGACAAGAAAAUUCUUUCCGGACUUUACCAGCGGGUGGAGUCAUCUGAAUGGGCAUCUACUACUCAUGUUGUUGCUAAGAAGAAUGGAAAGAUACGAAUCACAGGUAACUAUAAGCCGACCCUAAAUGCCAGAAUGAUAAUUGAUGAGCACCCAAUUCCUCGUGCAGAUUAUCUCUUUCAUAAGAUGAAGGGCGCGACUAUCUUCUGUCAUCUAGAUAUAACUGACGCGUACUCCCACUUGACAGUUGACGACGAUUUUAGUCAUGCUCUUACAUUGAACACACCCACACACGGGUUGAUUCGACCCACUCGUGCUGUUUACGGUGCAGCUAACAUUCCCGCAAUUUGGCAGCGUCGCAUGGAAACAGUGUUACAAGGGCUUCCGAAUGUUGUGAAUUUUUAUGAUGAUAUUUUGAUUCAUGCGGCAAAUUUCGAGGAAAUGUUGAAGGUGUUAGAAAAAACACUGAAUAGGCUGAAAAUAAACGGACUUUGCUUAAAUCGGUCAAAGUGCGUUUUUGGAGCUCCCGCUGUGGAAUUUCUGGGGCAUAAAAUUGAUGCAGCAGGGGUACACAAGUCCGACAGGCAUGUAGAAACAAUACGUGAUGCUAAGAAACCGGCGAAUGCAGAAGAGCUCCAGCUAUUUCUAGGAAAGGCAACUUAUUACAGUGCUUUUAUCCCUAACCUAUCGUCACGAGAUAGGCCUCUGCGAGAUAUGCUGCUCCAGGAUAAUUUCAAAUGGACAACAAGUGCCGAUGCAGCGUAUGAAGAAAUUAAAAAUGCGUUGAUUUCACCACAGGUACUGAUGCAGUACGAUCCAGAUCUUCCAUUGUUGUUAGCUACGGACGCCAGUAGCACGGGACUUGGUGCGGUUUUAUCUCAUCGUCUGAGCGAUGGAGCAGAAAGACCGAUUGCCUACGCGAGCCGAACGUUGAGCGCGACGGAGCAACGUUACCCCCAGAUCGAUAAGGAGGCCUUGGCUAUAAUCUGGGCUGUGCAGAAAUUCUUCAUGUACCUGUAUGCUCGUCAUUGGACUUUGAUAACCGAUCAUAAACCGCUCUCACAAAUACUACAUCCUGAAAAAUCGCUUCCAACGCUUUGUAUCAGUCGCAUGGCCAACUACGCUGAUUUUCUAGGUAAUUUUGAUUUCGAAGUAGUGUUCAAAAAAACAAAAGAAAAUGCAAAUGCAGAUUAUUGUUCCCGUGUUGUUUCAGCGUGUCCGGUAAAUCUAUUGCGAGAAAAUCAUGCGAUUGCUUGGGAUGAGCAAUUAGAUGAAUUUGAUUGCUUCAUGUUACGUCAAAUCGAACAGCUGCCGAUUAAUGCUCAAAGAGUCGCACAAGAAACGCGUAAAGAUGAAGAACUAGGAAAAAUUCUUCGUGCACUCGAGGAUGGCAUAUCCUUGGAACGUUUAGGUUUCAGAUCUCCCCAAAUCAACUACAAAACUGCCGCUGGAUGCCUAGUUUACGAACAUAGAGUGAUCAUACCUCGUUCUUUACAAGCAACUAUUCUGAAGGAUUUACAUGUUGGACAUCUGGGAAUAGUAAAGAUGAAAGGGUUAGCGCGAUCGUUUGUAUAUUGGCCCGGAAUAGAUUCAGAUAUCGAAAGGACUGCAAAGAUGUGUUACGAGUGUGCAAAAAAUGCUAAUGAUCCCCCAAAGUUUCGUGAUCACGUUUGGGAAUACCCUAAGGCGCCGUGGGAGCGCAUUCACAUCGAUUUUGCCGGGCCACUUUUGGGAGUAAUGUUGCUAAUAAUCACGGAUGCAUACAGUAAGUGGAUCGAGGUGAAGGUUACAGUUAGCAUGACAGCUAGUGCGACGAUUACUCUGCUUGAUGAACUUUUCUCAGCGUACGGAGUUCCUACAACAGUAGUCUCUGAUAACGGAACCAACUUUACAUCUACUGAAUUCAAAACAUUUCUUCGAAUGGCAGGCGUUAAAUAUCAUAAGUUAACUGCUCCAUACCAUCCAUCCACCAACGGACAGGCAGAACGAAGUGUACAGACAGUGAAGAAUGCAUUAAAAGCGAUGAACUCAACGAGGAAUAACAUACAGCGUAACCUGAACGAGUUCCUUCGUCGAUACAGAAGAGCCCCUCAUUCUACUACAGGUCAACCACCGUGUCAACUAUUUUUGGGUCGAAAUAUUCGAACAUGCUUAGACUUAGUAUUACCAGCGGAUCCAUCAACAAAAAUCGAUCAACAACAGAAAAGUAAAAUGGAUUCGUCUUUUCGUGAGUUUAAAGUCUCCCAACCAGUUUAUUUUCGUUCCUAUAAUCCAAGAAUGGCUAAGUGGGUUCCCGGCAUUAUCUCGGCUCGCUUAGGAGACUUACAUUAUGAGGUUGAUUAUAAGGGUAAGAAAUGCAAGCGACAUGUUGAUCAACUGCAAAACAACGCGAGCGAAUCAGUCAGCGAGUCAGAGAGAAGUCCAUGUAUGGGUGACAAGCCUGAUCCCUACCGCUUUCAGUUUUCAUCGGAGUCUACACCAACCGGCGUUACCAUUGGAUCCAGCAGUCAGGAACAGUCAACUUCAACUCCGAUCUCAGGCAGUAACGGUGGCGAACGGGCCAUCACCCCUCCUGUUAGCCAAGACACUGGUGCGAUGGCGACACCUGCAGCCCCACGAAGAUCGACGAGAACAAGGCGGCCACGAAUCAUCUUCUCACCCGAUGGUCGCUGA